AUGAUGCUGAAGUUUUUUAAAGCUAUCUUUUUUUUGUCAUUAAAUCCUAUUCAUAUGAACAAAGAAAUAAAGUGUAAAACAAUUGGAAUAGUUAAGAUGAGUAACAUCCCGGAGAGAAAAAAAACUUAUGUAAAAACUGAAAAUAGUAUAGCUAUGAAAAAAAAAAAAAAAAUUGGGGGUCAAAAAGUUCUGAACUCCCAUUCAUACAUAAACACGACAAAAUGCAUUAAAAAAAAUAUAGUUAAAAAAAACAGAAAUGAACAGGACAAAAGGGAAAUUAUGAAAAAGGUAAUGAUACACACACAUUCUAUUCCUGAAUCGAGAAGCGGUAAUGGAAGAGAUAUGGUAAACAUAAAUGUAGAGAAUCUCAUAAAUGGUAGCACCUUUUCUGUAAUAAAAAACUUUGAAAAGAAGUGGGAAAAAAUAAAUGUAAGUACAAAUGAUUUACAAUUAAAAUAUUGUUUUCUGAUAGGACAGGAAUUUUGUUUUAGUGAAGUUAGUAAAAAUACUUACAUCGGAUUAAUAAAUAAAAAAAUUUAUCUUUUCAAAGAGACAGAGAAAGCUAUCUACUACCAAUGUAUCUAUGACAGGAAUAAAUGUAUCAAGGGCAUUACGAAAGGGGAAAAUAAUUGCCACGUGGAUGAAAAAGAGAACAAUGAUAAGACAAAUUUGAACGAUAUUUAUGAAAAAGAUGUAGAGGAAUUUUUUAACUUACAAUUCCCUUUAAGAGAAAAUAUAGAAAUGUGGAAAAAAAAAGACAAACGGAUGAACGAAAUUACUCAUAAAAUUAAAGGAUUAAGAAUAUUAAAAGCUGAUUCUGUGGAAUCAUUUUUUUCUUUUUUAUGUUCCACUAAUAACAAUAUUCCCAGAAUAACUUUAAUGAUAGAAUGCUUGAGGAGACGUUAUGGAAAAUUUAUUGCUACCAUCAUAUUCCAUGGUCAAGAUUUGUUAGUCAAAAUUGAUAACCAUACCGAGGGAUCAUUCAGAGAUUUUAACAGGGACUCAAAAUUGAUACAGCAGAAGACGGAUACGGACCCAAAUGUUCUAGUGAAAUUAGAAUAUCCACUAAAUUCGAAACUUGUAGAAGAAUAUCCCUCGUACGUUUCUCCCAAGGGGGAACAGAAAGCGCACAUUCGCGUAAAGAAGGAGUUCCCGACGAAUUCAUCGGAGGGAGAGCAGGAAAGUGCAGAAGCAAACAGGGAAGAAUCAGACGAGGAGAAGCAAAAUGUGAAAGCAUGGAGGAAAGAAUCAGACGAGGAGAAGAAAAAUGUGAAAGUAUGGAGGAAAGAAUCAGGUGAGGAGAAGCAAAAUGUAGAAGCAAAGAGGAAAAAGCCAUACGCGGAGGCAGCAGCGAGAAACCAGAACAAAAUUUUCUACGAACAUGUAAAAACAAUGAUCAAAGAGGAAAAGGAGAUGAAAAUUUUUCCCUUUUAUGAAUUCCCAAGUAUAGAGAUAAUAUCAAAAUUAAAAGAGGAAGAUUUAAGAAAUUUAGGGUUUGGAUACAGAAGCAGCUAUGUUAUUGAGAGCGCUAAAAUGUUAACAGAAAUUGGAUCUGAAGAAUGGAUAGAAAAUUUAAAAAAGGUGAAAAAAACAAAAGAAUGUAUUGAUAAAUUAAUAAUGUUUCCAGGAAUAGGAUUAAAAGUAGCAAAUUGCAUAUGUCUCUUUGGAUUGAACAAAUUUGACUGUAUACCUAUAGAUACACACAUAUAUGACAUUAUUUACAAGUAUUAUAAAAAUAUAAUAGAGGCUGAAUGUAAGCCUGUUUCUCUUCAAAAUGCAAAUAAGGAAAAGGAGAAAAGGGGAGAAAAAUACGAUAUCGAGGAGUCUUCAACAUCAGCUACCAUCAUUGGAACAUCCGAUUUAAAAAAUAAGAAGAUGAAAAGAAACAAUAAGCAUGUAAAUAGCAAAAUACCUGGUCACGCGAUGAAAAAGAAUAAUGAAAAAAAUUCCACGAAUAACGCAAAGCAGAAGAAAAAGGCAUUGACAACUUCCCUAUACAUAAGAUUGUACACAAAACUAAAGAAUUUAUUGGGACCCAAUUGUGGGUGGGCACAGACAAUUCUUUUUGCAUCAGAGUUGAAGAAGUUUAGUUAUUUGUUUGAGUAA